AUGUCUAUGGACAGAACACCAUGGGAUCGCUUCCCUUUGCAGAUCCAGAACGAGAUUGUUGGUCUGCUCCCAAUUAUUCGCUAUAUCUGGUUUCGUGUGAAACUAAAGCAGUACGAUUGCACACAAUGUGAGAACAAUGACCAGGACGAAUGGGGCUUGGACGAAGUUGACAACCGAUUCAUCGUGGACGCGUUUGACAACUUGUUCACAACACUGAGCGCAUGGGAGCCUCGCGGCGACUUGGUCUUCGAGAUCAGCAUCUACUCGCCCAGUGACAACCAGCACUGGUUCAAGUACAUAAGCUUCUCCCCAGACAACGACACAGGCGAGCCGUCUCGUCAUGGACACGAACAUGGAGCGACCGUGAAUGACCCGGCUCAUGGCUGGGUUACCGGACAGCCUAUCCUUGCCCCGGAGAUCAUGGGCGAGGGGCCUUACUAUGAUGACGAAACUGAGAUGCAGUGGUGGCGGAGUCUCCCCUGUGUGCCUGUCGUUGGAGUCGUGCUCUUUCGCCAACAGACUCGCCGACGAUGGAAGCCAGUUGCAAUCGCCAAUAUGCUUACGCGGUUCCCAAACAUAAAGGAACUUUGCUGUGGACCCUGGAGAGAAUUGGGCGGAAUGGAAAAGCAGACGAUAAAUGGAACCAAACUCAUCCAAAGUUUUCCCCAAAUGGGAUCAUUAUGCAAGUUAACAAUAUUCGAGAACUUCGAUGAUUCUUACCCAGAAAUAUACCAAGCUCCUGCUAUUGGGGUGCCAAGCCAAGACGUGAGCCUGAAGCUUGCUCGCACUAGUCAACACCUCGAGAUGCUAUCUGCCUCCUUUAUGGCCGAUGCCAGCCACUUCUUCUUGGCGCCCCAGAUUCAGAAUUCAUGGACGUGGAGUAAGCUUACUUCGCUGGCGCUGACUUCAAAUGUCCUCACUGGAGAUGCAGACCCACUGCGUGUCAAUAACAUGCUUGGAAAUGCUGCCGCCACUGCACUUAGGAUGCCGAGACUUCACAUAAUGGAGUUGUGGAAUGGCAGAAAAGGUGUAGCGAUGCUCUUUCGUUACAAAAGGGCUCGAGAAGAUGGGCAGCCAGCUAUCAUCACGAUACGGGGGACAUCAGAGCUUGCUUUAGGGACUGGAGUUGUGGAAGCUUGGGAUAUGGUUGCUUACCAGCACUCCCGUAGCAAGGUCGUCAUGCAAACCUCUUCGAUCGAUCCGAAUGGGAUUCGAAGCCACGGUGAUGCUAUCUGCCAGUUGGGGCUUCUAAAUGAGGUCACUAGACCUGUCUCGCUACGGCAGAUCAUCAACGAAAAUUCGGUUUCACGCUUGAGACCAUCACCACAAUCAUCAUAUUCAGCAUUAUCUUCAUACAGAAGCUAUUGUGUAGCCCUCGACACUUGGUUCUCAUAA